AUGGCUCCAGGAUUAUUGUCUGAUGCCUCGGGCACUGUGGCCGCCUCGAAGCCCACGGUCUACGUAAUGGACAAAUUCCACCCAGAUGUUAUGCAGUUCGCCAAGGAGAACUUUCACGCCAUUUUUACAGACAUGCCGGAACAUGCUCAGUGGAGACAAAAGGCACAAUAUCUCCUAAUGCGAUCUUCCAAGCUGACGGCCGAAGAUGUUGCAAACAGUCCAUGUCUAAAGGCCAUUGGAAAGCAGGGUGUCGGUAUUGACAAGAUUGACGCUGAAGCUUGCCGAGCCAAGGGCAUCAAGAUCUUCAACACCCCCGGUGUCAAUGCGCGGGCAGUGGCCGAGGUCGUGCUGACGCUGGCGACAUCGGUCGCGAGGGACCUUGGCCGCAUCAGCCGGCUUCAGAACCAGGGUACGCCCGUUCCCAAGGAGACCUGCAACGGUAUAAUACUGCACAAGAAGAGCAUUGGAAUUCUCGGAAUGGGCAACAUUGGCAAAAGCGUGGCCCAGAUGUUUAGGGGUGCCUUUGAUGCCCCGAUCAUCGCCUAUGACCCUUUCCUAUCGGCAGAUGCAUGGUCCGACAUCCCACACACCCGGGCAGAGACCGUUGAGCAGGUGCUACGGGACUCUGACGUUAUAACCAUACACAUCCCACUCACCAAGGAUACCCGACAUCUCAUUUCAUAUCCCCAGUUUCAGAUAAUGAAGAGAAAUGCCAUCCUCAUCAAUGCCGCGCGUGGCGGUAUCGUCAAUGAGGAGGACCUGGAAAAAGCUUUGGAGGAGAAGUUGAUCUGGGGAGCCGGCCUUGACUGCCAUGAGCAAGAACCCCCAUCUCCGGAGAGAUAUGGCAGGUUGUGGGAUUUGGGCGUUGUGAGCACUCCUCACAUUGGUGCUGCGACAGAUCAAACGCAAAUGGAGACCGGAAUGGCUGCGGCAAAGUAUUUGCUAGAAUUUGCAAAGAGCCAACAAUAG